AUGAUCCUUAUACACGAACGAAUUUGCCAAUGGCUCGGGCAUUUAAAACUGUCCCGAGUAAUUUUAAUGGUCACAGUGAUUUUGUUUGUUGUGCCGCUUUUUACACAUUAUUAUUUGUCUAAGUAUGAAUCAUCAUCGAUGGCAUUGGGUUCUAACAACAUGCGCCACACACUAGAGACACUCGGAGACUUAUCAGCAGUUAAUGUUGGAGAUCUUAAAAUAAGAAUAGAAGAAAUGCUUAGAAUUAAGGCUUCAGUAUCCACGGAGUUGCGUGAAUUGGAAGAACGGCGAGGGAAACUGCAGAAAGAAGCCGCCGCCGCUAGUGCUAAUGCAGACAGUGUUAAGGCUGAGUAUGCACGCGCGACAGCUGAAUUACAGAGAUUAAGGGUAUCCGCAGACCAGGCUCGGUUGGCCCAGUUGGAGGCUAUACGACGGGAUUCCCCUGAGCUCGCCCCACCACUUCCAAUCCUACCCUCAUCCCCACCCCCCAUUAUCCCACCCGCUGCAUCAACAUCCGAAGUACACUGUCGAAUGCAUUCAUGCUUUGAUCACUCCCGCUGUUCACUAACUUCCGGUUUCCCGGUGUACUUCUAUGAUCCAGAUGUAUUUUCUCCUCUCAUUGGGGCAGAGGUUGAUGGUUUCCUCAAAACCACGUUACGACAAACGCUAAGCUACAAUUCACAUCUCACUCAAAACCCUAACGAAGCAUGCGUCUAUCUCGUGCUGGUCGGCGAGGGAUUUCCAUCUGAUAAGACUCAAACUUCAACGAAUAAGCUGUUGUUGAAUGAGACAGCAAUUAAAAGUUUGCCGUAUUGGGGCGGCGAUGGUCGUAACCAUGUGUUGCUAAAUCUGGCUCGGCGCGAUCUAUCAGUUGGUUCAGGAGACGCUUUUCUGGAUUCAUCGACUGGCAGAGCGAUGAUAGCGCAGUCUACGUUUACGUUACGCCAGUUCCGGCCAGGGUUUGACCUGGUGACACCUCCCGCCCUCGGACCUCCUGGGGGAGAUGUAUGGUCAGACUGCGCCCCCAUGGCACCGGCAAGACGUUUAUACAUACUUAGUUUUCAGGGUUCACAGACUCCAGCGACAGGAUCACAUAAAGAUGACGAUCAAUCUCUCAUCGAGUCUCUGAGGAAGAUGGCUAGUCAGGCUCCUUCAUCUGAUGUGUUUCUAUUGCAAUUCGACUGCGACCCUCCUAUCGAUAAGCGUGCGGUUCUACCGAUAGGUGACUGGGGACUCUGCGGCACUGAUCGAUCAAGACGAGCCGUGCUUAGAGAUUCUACUUUCGUAUUAAUAUUGGCACCGGCUGACAGAGAUUAUGCUUCAACAGCACUCCUGCAAGCGAGGCUGUAUGAAGCGCUACGCUCCGGAGCUAUACCCGUCAUACUUGGCGGUGAUCGUAUACAGAUGCCGUACAGCGAAGUUUUGGACUGGCGAAGGGCUACACUAUCCCUCCCGAAAGCUCGUGUCACUGAGCUACAUUUUCUGCUGAGAGCCCUAUCAGAUGCAGAUUUAUUAGCGUUCCGUAGACAGGGACGUUUGUUAUGGGAGAGAUAUUUGAGUUCUGUUCAAGCUAGUAUGGACUCGCUCCUCGCUACUAUAAGAACUCGUUUGAACAUUCCUCCUCAUUCAGCGGCACCGACUAUGGGUGCGCCGGCGUUCAAUGAGUCCUACUAUCCACCGAAAAUUGAACCACCGGCUGUGGACACUGAGCCGGAAGAGACCCUCGGGCCUUUAGAAGCUCCUUAUCCAAGUCCGUCCUAUAGACGUAAUUACUCGGUGUCUCUGUUAAAUGGCUACGAACUAUGGAAUGACUGGGGAGAACCGUUCGCGCUGUUUCCUCAAUUGCCUUGGGAUCCGCCGGUGACAUCGGAAGCCCGGUUCAUGGGUUCCGCAGCAGGUUUUAGACCGAUCGGAGCAGGAGCGGGGGGCUCUGGGAAGGAGUUCAGCGAAGCUCUAGGAGGUGAUCGACCGAGGGAACAGUUCACGAUUGUCAUCUUGACAUAUGAGAGGGAAGCUGUUCUGGCUGCCGCGCUGGCGAGACUUCGGGGUCUACCGUACUUGAAUAAGGUGGUGGUUGUAUGGAACGGAGUGAACCCCCCACUUUCGUCCCAGUCAUGGCCGGAGUCAGGCGCGCCGGUGGCUGUUGUCCGCGCUCCUCGCAACUCACUCAACAACCGCUUCCUUCCAUACAACGUGAUCGACACAGAGGCCGUUCUCUGUGUAGACGAUGACGCGCAUUUGAGACACGAUGAGAUAGUCUUCGCGUUUAGAGUGUGGCGUGAACAUCGUGACCGUAUAGUCGGUUUCCCCGGAAGAUACCACGCGUGGGAUCUCAACUUCAAUAAUGGAUUCCUUUACAACUCCAACUACAGUUGUGAGCUGAGUAUGGUGUUGACUGGUGCAGCGUUCGUUCACCGCUACUACCUCUGGUCGUACUGGCGGCUGCUGCCCGCCGCUGUGAGGGACUACGUGGAUCAGUACAUGAACUGUGAAGAUAUCGCUAUGAACUUCUUAGUGGCUCACAUCACGAGGAAACCACCCGUCAAGGUGACAUCUCGUUGGACGUUCCGUUGUCCUGGCUGCCCUGUGACGCUAUCAGCUGAUGAGACACAUUUCCACGAGCGACAUAAAUGUAUACAAUUCUUCUCCCAAGUGUUUGGUUAUACUCCACUUUUAUCCACACAGUAUAGAGCUGAUUCAGUACUAUUCAAGACAAGGAUAUCACACGACAAGCAGAAAUGCUUUAAAUUCAUUUAA